AUGAAAGAAAUGUUAAGCCCACCAGCAUAUAAACCUUUAUAUGAAAUUAUUAGAGUUAAUAAAAAAAAACCUCCUAAUAUAGAUACUGAAAUAUAUAAAGAAUAUUUAUUAGUUAAGAAAAAGUUUGAAAAAGAUCUUGAAAAUAAGAAUGUAAAAAUAAUUAUUUAUGAACGUUUAAAUGAUAGAUAUUGGACAAAAGACGAAAAUGUUAAUACAUCUGAUAGUUCAGAAUUAUGUGAGGAUAAUUUAAAAAAAACGAAACAAAAAAAAAAUAUAAAAAAUGUGAAUGAAGAGGAAGAGCCUGGUAAUGUUAUACAAACUGCGGUAAGUAAAAAGGUGAGAACCAAAAAAAGAAAAGAAAAAAAAGCAGAAAAAAGGGCAGAUGUAAAGACAGAUGUAAAGGCAGAAGUAAAGGCAGAAGUAAAGGCAGAAGUAAAGGCAGAUGUAAAGACAGAAAAAAUGACCGAGCAAACGACCGAAAAAACGAACGAAAAAAUGGCCGAAAUAAACAGCGAUAUAGUUGUAAAAACAAAGUCAACGAAAAUUAUAGGAACACUUAAAAUAUUGUAUAAUUUUUAUGUAAACUUAUAUGAUAAAAUAAAAGAAGAUGUAGAAAAUAUAAAAAAUAAAACAGAGCAUAAUAAAAUAAAUUUAUUUAAAGAUGUUAAUUUAUAUUCUAAUUAUAUUUCUAUGUUCGAUAUAAUAAAUAUAUGUGAAGAUUUAAAUAUUAUUAAAGCAUUUUUAAAUUCGAAAAAAGAAUGUGAAUUGAUAUGGAUUCUUACAGUUAAUUAUUUUGAUAAAGUUGAUGAAAAUAUAUUCGAAAAAUAUAAAUAUAAGAUAGAUGUAAAUUAUGAAAAACAAGAACCCAAACGGGUUCAGGAAUGUACAGAAAAAAGUAUUAAAAACCAAGUAGAAACUUCUGAAAAUAACAAUGGUAUGGAAAAUAAAAACAUAAAAAAUGGUUCUAAAUUUGUAGAAUCCAAAAGAGAAGAUAUUUUUCAAGAGACAAUUAAUGAAAAAAAUAAUUUGAAUUCUAAAAAAAUAAAUAAAGAUGAUGAACAAUCAUUAUUAUCUGAAAAAUUCCAAAAAAACGAAAUGAAAAUAAAAAAUAAUGAGAAAGAGAAUUCAAAAGGUGAAGUAAAUAAUAAAUCUUGUGAUAUAGUGAUAAAUAGAAAAGAAAAAAUAAAAGAAUAUAUUUAUGAUAAUUGCUCCGAGAAAGUUAAUGCACUAAUGUUCCGAAAAGUAAAUUUCUUUGUCUUUGUCUACAUAAUAAUUUAUAUAAUUAAAACAAGCACUAGAAAGAUUAAAGCGAUAAAAGAUGAUAUAAAAAAAAUCAAAAGUUUUUUUUUUUUCUUAAAUAUUUAUGAAAAUAAAAAAACUAUAGAAACUUUAAAUAAUAUAUAUAAAGAUAAGUAUCUAAAUUUUUAUCAAAAUUAUAAUAGUAGUGAAGAAAUUGAAAAUUAUAAAAAGAGAAAAAUAUUUCGACAUAAAUUUUCUUUUUAUGAUAUUAAUAAAAUUUUGGGAAAUAAAAAUGCAGAAUUUGGAAAUUUAAAAACGGGUAUGAAUCAGAAAAAAGUUGAGGUAGCGAAAAUUGAAUCUACUGGAAAAUUGGAAAAAAAUAUAGAAUCUGAAAAUAUAUUUAACGAAGAAAAUCAAACAGAUAUAUUAAAAAUUAAUAGUAAAUUUUAUGAGGAAAAUGAUAAAAAUUGUCAAAAAGAAAAAGCAGUACAAGAAGAUAAUCGAUAUAAAGAUACACAUUUUAUAGAAACGUUAGAAUUAUGUAAUGAUAUGGAUAUUAUGAACAAGCAAGGUAAUAAUUGUGUAAAUGAAGAAAAUAGUGAUAUAAAAAAAAAUAAAAUUUUAAAUAGCUAUGUAUUUGAUUAUAUUUUUAAAAAUUAUUGUUACAAAAAAAAAUAUUGGAAUGUAUCAGAAAAUAGUAGUAUUGAUUUUGGUAUUAUAAAAAAAGAAAACAAUAAUAAUAAUAAUAAUAAAAAAUAUAAAAUAAAUAUAUAUAAUCAUAGUAAAUAUAAUAUAAUAGUUGAUGUUAGUGUAGAUAAAGAUUUACCUGUAUCGGUCAUGUUUAAAGACAAAUUAUUUUGCAUUAGCUCGAAAUAUACUAUUUAUUUAGAAGUAGACAAUUCCAUUUCAGGAGAAAAAUUCGGGUUUGUAAAUGUCAAGUUAAAUUACAAAAAUAUAAACAAAGAACAUGAUCAAAUAAAUAUUCCUGUCUAUGUUUUUAUCCAAGAUUAA